GACGCUCGCCGUUCCCCCUUUCUCUCGCACGGUCAAGCGAGGAAAUGACGUCAGCGCUAACAAGACCUUGGACGAACUCCGCAGCCACGGCGAGCACUAUACGUUCGCUUCGAGAGAAGAGCCAUGGGCGGCUUGUGCUUCGUGGUUCUCUUGCUGUGUUUGGGCCCUUCGGCAGCCGGAAGCGUUGGCAGAUCUUUCACCGUAGACUACGAGAACGACCGCUUCCUCAAGGACGGAGAGCCAUUUCGUUACAUUUCCGGUUCGAUGCACUACUUCCGGGUACCGAGGCUCUAUUGGCGCGAUCGCAUGGUCAAGAUGAGAAUGGCCGGACUGAACGCCCUGCAGACCUACGUCGAAUGGAGUGGCCACGAGCCGGAGGCCGGACAGUUCAACUUCGCCGGUGGCUACAACCUGGAGGCUUUCCUGGACACCGCUGCGGACGUUGGGCUUCUGGUCGUACUGAGACCGGGCCCGUACAUCUGUUCUGAGAGGGACAAUGGCGGCUUGCCUUACUGGCUACGAAGAAUCGAUGGACAGGUGAGGUGCAGAUCUUCGGGCGCGUCGUACAUGGCAGCUGUGGCGAGGUGGCUGGAUGUGCUUCUGCCCAAGGUCCGGCCGUACUUGUACAAGAACGGAGGACCUAUCCUGACGGUUCAAGUGGAGAACGAGUACGGAAACUCGGGACCUUGCGACAAGACGUACCUGCGCAGUCUUGUCGCUCAGUUCAAGAGGCACUUAGGAGAAGACGCCGUGCUUUUUUUCACGGACUACCCGACCGACAAGGCGUAUGAAUGCGACCUCGCCAGUGGUCCGCUGGUAACGGCCGACAUGGGAGCUACGGUGAACGUGACGCAGAUGUUCGACAUUGUGCGAAGAAACAUGAGAAAGGGACCGCUGGUCGUCACGGAGUACUAUCCCGGUUGGAUGGACAACUGGGGCAAGCGACACGCGAGGGUAGAUCAGCGGCAAUUUCUCAAGACCUUCGAGACCAUCCUCAUUAUGAACGCCUCGGUCAAUGUCUACAUGUUUCACGGAGGCACUAACUUCGGAUUCGCGAACGGAGCCGAUCCACUCCCGGAGCCGACCAGCUACGACUUCGAAGCGCCUCUCAAUGAAAGCGGGGACCCGACGGAGACGUACUACGCUAUCAGAAAUAUCACAGCGCGGUAUUUGCCCGCGCCGCACGGGAAAUUGCCAGUGCCGGCUCUUAAAAUGAACCUCGGACCAGUUGAACUGAGGUGGUGUUACCCACUCAGUGAGAUGCUAGACUACUUGCGAGUUCACCAUAGGCUGAAAACGGUGACGUCACAGUUCCCACUGUCCUUCGAAGAGAUCGGGCAGGAUAGAGGUUACGUCGUUUACACCACAACUGUCAGGUUUCAACCGCACAGUCCAGCCAUACUGGCGGCUCCUGGCAUCAAGGACAGAGGUUACGUGUUGUCUGCGGUAACGAGAGCUGUUCUUAGCAAAGACCAAAAAAUUUUCAGCGCUCCCAUUGUUGUGAAGCAGGGAAAUAACAUCACAAUUCUCGUAGAGAACACUGGACGUAACAACGGCGGUCUCUGCGAAACAAAGGGAAUCAUCUCCAACGUCACCCUGGACAACCACGUGCUCUCUGGCUGGACCAUGGAACCACUGCCGAUGGACAAUUCCAGCGUGUUGACACAUCUGACAAAGGCCUUUGAUAUUUCGAACGUAGUGCCACGAUGUUCUCAACCUUCUGAGUGCUACGGAAACUUGCCGCACGUACUGCCCCAGUGUUCUGCUCCCGCUGCGUUCUUCGGGACAUUCAUGCUGCCCGAAGGUCAGAUGCCAUUGGACACCUUCCUAGACCCGACGGGUUGGGGUAAAGGCGUAGCCAUUGUCAACGGCUUCAAUUUGGGUCGGUACUGGCCCAGCGUCGGCCCACAGGUGACCCUGUACGUACCCGGAGUGCUGCUCCGUCCACAUCCGGAGACGAACACCAUCCUGCUCUUCGAGACCGAGUCCGCGCCGGCAGGCAACAGGACCGUCAGCUUCGUGGACGUGCCAAACAUCGACGGCCCCGUGCCCGGCUACACAGGGCGCUCGGGAGCCUAGCUCUGCACGUGCGGCGGUUUGCGCGUGCAAGCGCGGAUAUAUGGGUUUCGAAAUUUCAAAUGAAAGAAGACCACGCUCAUACGAACAAGUGCUUCGCAUCGUGGGAGCCAGUCUAAGGAAAGGUACAGACUAUGUCCAGAAGUAUUGAAGUCACUUCACGCAAUACCGUACAUGUCGUGGGCCGGCACAGUGGGAUCUCGGCAAAGCCUUCAUUAACUUAAACAACCCAAAUAAACUGCGAAAGGUGCCCUAACUUGCCUUAAGGAUCCCGCGGCUGUUGCAGCCAGAAAAACACAUUUUGUAAUUUUGUUUAUUUUGGGUUCCUGCACGUAUGAAGAAGCUCAUCGGCAGGUUUGUUUGAAAUCUAUGCCGCAGAAAAGAAUGGAAAUGCCUUUUCAUGACAGUGCCGUGCACUCAUCGUCGAGAACACCCAAGAAACAAAACACGGAGUGAAUGCCCACGUUGCAGCGAAAGUACACGAGGCCGCAAAGUAAGAACUAAAUACGGAAAGGCAUGAUUCUGGCUGCGGCGCCCUUCGCAAGACUGCUCGAAAGCCGAAAAAAAGAUGACUUGAAGCCAUUGCCGCAGAGCAGGUAGGAAUUGAAGAGGAGGGUUGAACAUAUGGUUCGGGGCACUUUGAUGAAUUAGUUUUGGCGUGAAAAUAAAAAUGCGUGUUCUGAAAUA